AUGCCGUCUAUGAAACCCCAUGUUGAGGACAUCGAAGAUGAUUACGCCGCAGAGGAAGAAAACAAGCUCAUCAACGAGGUUUUUAUGGAUGGAACCGCUCAAACGCGUUCUUCUAGGAAAAAGAAUGCACCUUAUCUCUACGACUUGGUGAUCACGCACGCCUUGGACUGGCCUAGCCUGACCUGCCAAUGGUUCCCCGACAAAGAACAAAACCCCAACAAACCUUACACAACCCACCGCCUCCUCCUCGGGACACACACCUCCGGCCAAGCGCAAGACUACCUCCAAAUCGCCACCGUCCAAAUCCCCAAACGCUCCAACCCAGCCACAGGCGCCGACGCCCUCUCCCGCACCGACUACGACGACGAGCGCGGCGAGCUCGGCGGACACACCCUCCCGUCCUCCCCGCGCAUCCAGAUCGUCCAACGCAUCAACCACGAUGGCGAGGUCAAUCGCGCGCGGUACAUGCCCCAGAACCCGGACUUGAUUGCGACCAAGGCGGUGACGGGGGAGGUUUUGGUGUUUGAUCGUACGAAGCAUUCGAGUGAGCCGGAGAGAGGUGGGGUGUGUAAGCCUGAUAUUAGGUUGGUGGGACAGAGUAGGGAGGGGUAUGGUCUUGCGUGGAAUCCUAAUAAGAAGGGGCAUGUGCUUGGUGGGUCGGAAGAUAUGACGAUUUGCCAUUGGGAUAUCAACUCGUAUACCAAGGCGAAGACGACGAUCGAGCCUACUACCAUUUUCCGCGGACACACCUCUGUCGUUGGAGACGUCGACUGGCACAGAAGUCAGGAAAACGUAUUCGCCAGUGUUGGAGACGACAAACUCCUCAUGCUCUGGGACACACGAUCCUCUUCAAAACCUCAAUAUGAAGUCCAAGCCCACGACUCUGAAAUCCUCGCACUCUCGUUCAGCCCAGCAACUGACCACCUGCUCAUCACCGGUGGCGCGGACAAGACUGUGGUCCUUCACGAUAUUCGAGCCCCGAGCAAGAAACUGCACGUCUUCGAAUCACACACGGACGAAAUCCUCCAUCUCGCCUGGUCCCCUCACAACCCCACCAUCUUCGCGUCCGCUUCUGGCGAUCGACGAAUCAAUAUCUGGGAUUUGGCGCUCAUUGGGCAAGAGCAGACACCUGAUGAUCAGGAGGAUGGACCGCCAGAGUUGCUGUUUGUUCACGGAGGCCACACUUCUCGCCCGACGGACUUUUGCUGGGCCCCAGGCGAAGCGGAGAACUGGACCGCUGCGAGCGUUUCAGAAGAUAACGUGGUCAUGGUUUGGCAGCCUACUAUGCGUGUGUGGGCGGGUGAUGAAGUCAAGGUGGAUGAGAAAGAAUUGGAGGGUGAUGCGAUGGAGGGUGUUGAGACCACUGUUGGUGCUGGAGGUUCGGGAAGUGGGGGUGCGGCAGCUUAA